GCUAAUCGGGCGGGACGUCAGAGUUGUUGUUUACAAUUUGAAAAUCGAUCCUACUCUUUCCUUCAAUUCUCUUUUUUCUAUCAAUCAAUUAUUAAACCUAACUUUCAAUUCCUAAGUACCCUUCGAUAUAAUAUCGACUAAAUAGGCCUCGUCUUUCAUUUCUCCUUGUACAAUUCUCUAGCUACAGGUGCACCGAAUCCAGCAGCCACUAACGGCUUGACUCGGUCUUUAUUACAUUUACAUCGUCCAUCAACUUCGAUAAAUUCGAACUUGGCCAAUAUCAUUACCGACGACGAACUUCAAUUGCCAGCCAAAAUGGAAUACCCUACCGAGAACCAGAAUGCAGCACCUGACAGCGUCCAAGCUGCUAAGCUCGGCAACACCCGGAGAGGGCCCGAUGCACAGAGUGUAACGAAAAGAUUGCAGACGGAACUCAUGCAGUUGAUGACCUCACCGGCUCCUGGUGUUUCAGCAUUCCCGUCGGCUGACGGAAACCUGAUGUCGUGGUCCGCAACGAUCGAGGGACCUGACGAUACUCCCUACGCCGGGCUGACCUUCAAGCUGUCCUUCUCCUUCCCAUCCAACUACCCCUACGCCCCACCAACUGUUCUGUUCAAGACUCCUAUCUACCACCCCAAUGUGGAUUUCUCUGGGCGUAUUUGUCUAGAUAUCUUGAAAGACAAGUGGACCGCUGCAUACAACAUCCAGACUGUUCUCCUGAGUCUGCAAAGUCUCCUUGGAGAGCCAAACAAUGCCUCACCAUUGAACGGUGAAGCGGCGGAACUGUGGGAUAAGGACGCAGAGGAAUUCAAGAAGAAGGUUCUUGGGCGUCACCGUGACGUCGAUGACGACUAAAUUGUCCGUUAUACUGUUUAUCAUGUGUCCGAGUGGACAGUCGGGAUCACUCGGUAUGGAGAAUCGGAGUCAGUACUUGCAUAGUUGGUCGGAUUGGACCACUGUUGUCUCGGCGCCUUGUACGCGGUGCAUUUACAGGUUGUUUUAAGGCUGGGAAUAGCUAUUCCUCGCGUAGUUCAAUGAGAACACGAUAGCAUUAUCACCUACUUCAUUACAGCGUUGCCAUGAUUUACUUCCUAUGAUAUGGUGGAUCAUGUUGGGAGGGGAAAUCGUAAUCACCAUGUCUCGAUCACGACGUAGCAAGUAGCAG